AUGAUGCAUCCAGAAGUGCUUCAAUCAUUCCUUCAACAAGACCUUGAUCAAGCUGGAGGAUAUGGUACCAAAAUGGGUUCUUAUCCAUAUGAUGACCAUCAAUUCUACUGCUCCAUCUCCACCCCUGAUGAGGACUCCUCCAUGAUCUCCUCCGAUUUGUGUUUUCAGAGUAUAUUAUCUAGUGAUCUUAGUACCUUAUCUAAUAUGGACGAUAAGAUGCAAGUCGUAUUUCCUAUGGAGAAUAUGUCACAACAUGUGGAAGGGAUUGAAGACAUUUCGGACACUACACUUGAAGAUGCAUUGAGAUGGUGGGGUGAAAGCGAAGAAACUGGCAAUUUUGAUUCGACGGAGAACGAAGGUCUCUGUGGCAGCCCGUUUCUAAGAUCUGGGGACGACUUGAUGAACCACUCCCUGAUGCUGCCACCAGAUGACAUGGAAGUUGAAGGCCGAACAAGCCUUCGUCGUCUACUCAAAGCUUAUGGAGAAGCCAUGGAGAUGGGACAGGAGGACUUAGCAAACGUGAUCGUGGGAUGCAUAAACGAGAAAGCUAGUCCGCUUGGUGGAACCAUGGAACGUGUUGCCUUCAACCUGUUUCAAUCAGGAAAUCAAGGCGACUACAUCAAACAGGAGUCGCUGAAGAAUUUCAAGGCAGCAUUCAAAGCUUUCUAUGAAAUUUUCCCAUAUGGGAGAUUUUCUCAUUUUGCAGCCAAUUCAGCAAUUCUUGAAGCAAUAAUGAGUGAUUCAGGAAAGGUGCACAUUAUAGAUUUUGACAUUGGUGAGGGAGUUCAAUGGCCUACAAUGUUAGAUGCUCUUGGGAAGCUAAGAAAAGAAACAAAGCUGACAUCCAUUAGAACGGGCGAGCAAAGUUACACUAGUUUCGAGGAGACAAGAAACCAGCUCCUUGAUUAUGCAAGCGCUUCUGGUUUAAAAUUGGAUGUCCAAGAGAUCACAAUUGGGGAAUUGGUGAACGAGAUUGAAGAAUCAGAAGAUCAUGAAUGUUUGGCCUUUAAUUGUAUGCUUGAACUGCCACACAUGGGGAGGACAAGGAGUAGAAGUCAAGUGAAGGAGUUUCUGAAGGUUGCCAAGCAAUUAUUAUCAAAGAACAAAGGAAUCAUAACCAUUGGCGAUGGAGAAGAUGUGGAAAGAAUGAAAUAUUGUGGGGGGUAUAGUUCAUUCAUUGAUGAAUGCUUAAACCACUACCAGACCCUCUGUGAGUCAAUGGAAGGAAACUUUCCGGAGUACCUUACGGAAGCAAGAAUAGCCAUGGAGUCGCUUUUUGUGGCACCAUAUGUUUCAUCUCUCUUGUGGCAUAAAAAGUGGGUAAAUCUGAGGGAAGACUCUGAAUUUAAAGAAAAUCUUGGGUUAAUGGGAUGGAGACUGAGCAAAGAGAGUUUAGCGGAAGCUAAAGAAAUGGUGAAGGGGAGAGAGAGUUCAUACAAGAUCAAGGUUGAAGGGCAAAAUGGGAAUGAAAUGGUCCUGGAAUAUAGAGGAGCUCCAUUGGUGAGAGUUUCUGCUUGGAAGUAG